AUGGGAUCUAGUGAGACAAAGACAAGCUUAGAAUGGCUCGGAGAUUGCCCAGGUCAGGCGAGAACAACCUUCGGCGUCCCAUGGCCACGCGGGAAGUAUUGGUCUGGUGAGACAUCCUUUUCCAUUAACGACGAGAGCGGCAAUUCGACACCGCUACAAUCCUGGACCAACGCAUACUGGCCAGACGGGUCAAUAAAAUGGACUGGGCAUGCUAUCUCCUCGGGGGAACACAUCUCAGGCCGUUUAUCAAUCAAAGCUACGAUAAGAGAGGGACAUUCGAGCUUUCCCAGCGGAAUUCAGAUCCAACAUGACAAAUCCACUAAGAUAAUCAAUGUUGCCACUGGGAAGGCCAAAGGCAAUGCUGUCGGGUCUAAUGGCCGAUUGAUCCUACUCUCUCAGUCUGACCAAUCGAUCGAUUCUGAAUUUCAUAGCUCGGUUGAAGAUGUGACGAUCGAGCAGGAAGGUCCCAUACGAGCGGUUAUCGCAAUUAGAGGCACCCAUCGGCUUAUUGAGUCUCAAGAGCUUUCGACAAGCCGUUCAUGGCUCCCAUUCAUCCUCCGGUUCUAUUUCUAUUUGAACUCGGCUGAGAUUCGUGUUGCUCAUACCAUCAUAUAUGACGGUGACCCCCAUAAAACCUUCAUACGAGGUAUUGGGAUACGGCUUGACGCUCCUCUUGGCAACGAGCUGCCUUACAAUCGACACGUGCGCUUUGCUGGAGUGGAGAAUGGAAUAUUCAGCGAGUCUGUGCAAGGCACCACAGGGCUCUGGAAAGAUCCUGGUCAACAGAUCCGAUCUGCUCAAAUUAAUGGUCAGGCUUUACCACCCAAACAGACAUGGGAUAACCAAGUUGGAGAAUAUAUGAAGUGGGUGCCUUGCUGGAACGAGUAUACCCUAGCUCAGCUGUCUCCCGACGGGUACACGAUGAAAAAGCGAACAGCCCCGGGUCACAGUUGGGUGAAUAUACCUGGAGGUACCCGUGCAGGCGGGCUAGCGUAUCUAGGUGGUGCGAAUCAUGGGGGCCUCGCGAUCGGAAUGCGACAUUUCUGGGAGAGGUACCCGACUAGCCUGGACAUUCGGAAUGCUAAUACACCGACUGGGGAACUCACCUUAUGGCUUUAUUCUCCACUAGCAGAAAAGAUGGAUUUGCGUCCGCAUCAUGAUGGGUUACAGCAGGAGACAUAUGAGCAUCAGCUAGACGCAUUGCGUGUCACAUAUGAAGAUUGGGAAAAGGGCACGGGAACGCCCUAUGGGAUUGCGCGAACAAACGAAUUAUCGAUCUUUGCUUUUGACCAGACACCCUCCUCUGACCAGCUGUCUCACACCGUGAAGCUUAUGCGUGAGCCACCUGUUUUGGUCCCCGACCGAGGAUACAUCCUAUCUACCAAAGCACUAGGAACAUACUGGUCACCCGUGAACACAGUCCUGACGCCUACGCCAUCAGAAGCAGCGAUCAUGCAUAACCUUGACUUCUUGUUCAACUUCUAUAAAACCCAAAUUUCCGAGCGCAGAUGGUAUGGCUUCUGGGACCACGGCGACAUCAUGCACACGUAUGACGCGGACCGACACGCCUGGCGAUAUGACAUCGGGGGCUACGCGUGGGAUAACUCCGAGCUUUCCCCAGAUCUUUUCUUUUGGCUCUAUUUUCUACAGACUGGGAGAGAGGACGUCUACCGACUAGCUGAAGCGUUAACGAGACACACCUCCGAGGUUGACGCGUACCAUCUCGGACCAUGGAAGGGGCUGGGGACAAGACACGGCGUGCAGCAUUGGAGUGAUAGCUGCAAGCAGGCGCGGGUGACAAGUGCGAUUUAUAAGAGAGUGUUCUAUUAUGUCUCUGGUGGCGAUGAACGCACCGGGGAAUUGUUAAACGAGACCUUGAACGCGGACCGCCCACUGCUGAUCUUGGAUCCCUAUCGCAAGGUCCGCCCGGAUAAAUCGUACAUUGCAUCAGCAGAUGCCGUCACAAUCUCUCUUGGGACCGAUUGGUCUGCAUUCGCCGCCGCAUGGUUCACUGCGUGGGAGCGACGCGCAAACAACUGGGAAGACGCAUUCCAGAAACUCCGUCUCUCCAUGCAGGGGAUUAGCAAUCUGCGCAAUGGCUUCGUCACCGGCACGGUGAGUUAUAACAUCAACACAGGCGAUAUUCUUCCUCCUCCACAUGACCCAAACAAUACUGGGAUCGUAAAAGUCUCGCACCUCUCCGCUAUGUUCGGACUGUUUGAAGUCUGCGCUGAGGUCAUCGACUCUUUCGGGGACAAUCUGCCGUCUGGGUUUCAAUCCGCGUGGAUCGACUAUUGUCGGUUUUUCAACGCUAGUGCCGAUGAACAAACAGCUAGGUAUGGAGCGAACUUUGGGUCGCUGAUCCUACGACAAGGACAUUCUCGGUUGACUGCUUAUGCGGCAAGGAUACUACAUGAUGCGAGUAUUGCGCGGCGAGCGUGGGGGGAAUUUUGUACUGGCGAUGGGUAUGCGUUGGAGGCGCCGUGGAAGAGUCAGUUAGUGCAUGGCAGUCAUGUUCCUGUUCCUGUGCAGGAGGCCGCGUGGGUAUCCACGAAUAUUUCGGCGUUGUAUGGGUUGGCGGCGAUUCAAAAUUUGGCCUUGAUUAGAGGUCAUUUGCCAAAGACAAAUGCAGAUACUUGA